AUGUUGGGUUGGGAGGCACAAAUCCAGAUUCAAGAACUCUCGGACUUAAUAUCCUUAGGGGAGAAGGUUUGCUCCGCCGUUAACAAGGCCAAGUCCUUCAAAGGAGAAUGCAGCGAGGUAGUGAAGAUGGUGAAUCAAUUGUCUCAAAUGAUGAAGACUCUUCUUUGCUGCAUCCGUUCAGCUCGAGCUCCACUUUACUUGCACCCACUUCGUUGCAUACUGGCCAAGGUCAAGCGUCACUUUGAGCUCGCUCUCGCCGUCGUUCACAAAUGCAAGCGGCGGAACUUGUUCUGGCGGCUCUUCGGCAGUGGAACCCAAUUCAGGGAGCUCCGCAAUCGUUUAUAUGCUUCUAUUGAGGAUAUGAAAUGGUUGCUUUCCAUAUACGUCGGAGGCCGCCGUGAAUCGCCGUGCAAGGAGUCGCCGAGGUAUCGGGUUUGGUCUUGCAUUGCCGCCGUCAAAAUGGAGCGUGAAUUAGAAGAUCGAAUAAAGGCGGUGGAUUCUCUGGCGUUUCUUGCUCGAGAAAAGACGAGUAUAAGAACAUUAUUUAUGAAGAAGAUCAAGGUUGCCAACACACUUUGCCUUCUAGCUAACGAGAAGGGAAAGGAAGCUGUAAUCAUGAAGGAAAUGGUCUCAACGAUCUUAAACCGGUUAUCGAGAACAUCUCAGAUUUGGGAUCGAAUCGAAGCAGCCGAUUUGGUAGCCAGCAUUGCAGAACAUUAUCCGGAAAUGAAGGAAUAUCAUUUAAUCAGGGAGAACGUAAUAUGGAGACUGGUUUCAUUGCUGUCAUCUGCUAAUGAUCGUACGCCGAGUUCACUUAAGCUGCAGCUGAAACUCGGUUGUUCCAGGGCUUUGCUGAUCCUUGUUCGAGAGAGCGUUCGGAAUUGUUGGACGUUCGCCGAGACGAAAGGUAUGCUGUGCUUGGCUAAGUUGUUGGGAACGGAAAAGAAUGAAUUGCAGUACAAUUGCCUAAUGAUUAUAAGGGAAAUCACGGCCAUUGCUGAAUCAGAUGAUGAUUUCAGACAUUCCACUUUCAAGAGCUCUUCUCCGGCUUCGAAUGUGAUUGUUGAUGAGCUAUUGAGGGUAAUCGAAGAAUACGACAUCACUAAACUGAGAAUCCCGGCGAUCGAAUCCGUCGGUUCAUUGGCGAGGUCUUUUUCAGUGAAAGAGAGCAGAGUAAUUAGUCCGUUGGUGGUACUACUAGGCGAUACAGAUCGAGAAAUUGCGAUCAAAGCUUCCAUCGCCUUGCAGAAGUUUGUUACCUCAACCAAUCACCUUUGUUGCGAGCAUUCGAAGUCGAUAAUCGAAUUCAACGGCGUACCAUUGUUAAUGAAGCUAAUACUUGAUGACGGAGAUAAAGAGUUACAGUCGCACGGAUUAACUCUCCUUUGCCGCAUUGCCAUUGCCAUAGGCAACGACGGCGAAAGCGAUGUUCUGAUCAAUGCCGGAGCAUUAAACGCUCUUCGGACGACCGGUCGGGCAGUUGCCGAUGAAGAUUCCGAAUUAAAGGCAUUGGUUUCCGAAGCAAUAUCGAAACUACAAUCCAACAACACAGAGAAACACGAAGAAUCGGAUAAUUCACCAGGAAUUAAACAAUGUAUUGCAGAACAGAGUAAAGCGUUUUUCGAAUUUAUGCGACGUCAAUCGAAGAUAUUGUUACAGGGUCUUAUAUACUUGCCGGAGAUUGUGAAUCUCCUGCAAAGAUCAUGUAAGAAGGGUAUUUCAAGAGCAAAACGAUCAUUGAAGAAGAGGAGAAUUCGGAGGCUUAAGAAAUCAAAACGCGUGGAACUGAGUCCAACUCGAAGGCUGGUGAUGGAUUCAUGGAUGGAGGAGAUUGAGGGGAAACUUACGGUGACGAAGAAAAUUUUUAAAUCGAUGGAGAAGAAAGAGAUCCGAAGAAGAUUUGGAUUUAUCAUACAUAAAAUCAGAAACGAUUUCUAG